AUGACGUACACGUUCCAAGAGUAUUCGGCUAUUCAUAAGACAGGUUGUGAUGCUUUUCAGCAAAUGGAUGAAAAUCUGGUUCAUCAUCAGGCAAUUCUCUCUGUAGGAGGAGGUUUCAUGUUCGGUUAUCAAGUGCUCAUAACAAAUCCUGCUCAAGGAGCAUUCAUUCAGUUCCUCAAUAUUUCCUACACAAAAACCCACGGAGUACAGCAAAAUCAAGAAACGCUUGAGUUGAUUUGGGGUUUGGUCAUGUCCACGUUCUUUUGGGGAGCCACUCUGGGUUCCUUGCUUAUUCAAGUGAUUGCUGACUCGUUAGGACGGAAGAAUGGAAUAGUAGCGGCAUUCGUCGUGCAGAUCGCUGGUUUAGCAAUCGCGAUUGCGAGCUAUUUUGUGAGCAUUUUCUACUUUUGUCUUUAUAUUGAAACCCUAUAG